UGUCGACUCAGCUGUGUUUAGGGUCAUGUUCACUUCCGGUGGUAGGCCUUCAGUCCGGUUUCUAUUACACUACCUUAUUUACCUCGAAAGACAAAAGACGUAGUCGAACGCUACAUGAAUCAAGCGUGCUAAUGCAGACAUAAGUCAUGAGUGAAUGGAGCAGUGUGCGCGUUUCGGACGAGGAGCCCGGUGAUCUUGUCAAGUCCUGCCCAUGGUCCUGGCGUAUGGCUAAUCUGCUCAUGGCCGUGUUCUUUGCUCUAGCAGCUUAUGUUCAGAUAAACGAUCCAGAUCCCGCCAUAUGGAUUACGGUCUACGCAAUUCCGUGCCUGCUGUCUUCUGCUGUAGCGAUCCACUUUCAAGUACAAGGUUAUUUUCUGUGGCGAGCGUUGACUUUCAGUCAUCUCUGCGCCUGCAUCUGUGGCGCCUUGUACUUGUCUACUCGCGUCUCCGUACACGUCCGUAAUGGCAUGGUUCACCCGCUAGAGCACGAGGAAGGAAGGGAAUUAUCCGGACUGCUGUUCGUUAUCAUGUGGAUGGCACUUUUAAAACUUGUAAACCUGAAAAGCGCGAAGACGAUUCAGAAGUACCUGUGUAUGGGGGCCGUAACGCUCUCUCUCACCCCAUUUCUGAUGUGGGGAUUCUACAUAAAAGCAUGGGACACCGCAACUCUACCAAGUCACUGCAAGAACAUGUUGUAUUCUUAGACAUAGUGCACUACAACUUAACGAUCAGAUGCGUUAGACUCGAGUGGAGGCGCUCCAAAAUCUCUAUCCAGCUCCGCAAAAUAUAAAUCAGAUGUAGAAUUCUAUUAUCUGGCAUGAGAUCCUCAAUGACACA